UACCUGCUAAAAGCCAGAGAGUCUCAGAUGAAGCAGGGACCAGAUUUCCUGCAGAGCCUCAUCAAGUUUUUCCAUGCUCAGCACAAUUUCUUCCAAGAUGGCUGGAAGGCUGCCCAGAAUCUCUACCCCUUCAUUGAGAAGCUCGCCGUGUCCCUGCAUGCGCUGCGCCAAGCACAGGAGGAGGAGGUGAAGCAGCUCACGCAGACCCGUGAUUCCCUCCGCAACAUCCUGCAGCUGGAGAACAAGGAGGAAAACUUGAACAGGAAGAACUCUGGCAGUGGCUACAGUAUCCAUCAGCACCAAGGCAACAAGCAGUACAGGACAGAAAAGUCAGGAUUCCUGUACAAGAAGAGUGAUGGGAUCCGCAAAGUGUGGCAGAAGAGGAAGUGUGGUGUGAAGUAUGGCUGCCUGACCAUCUCCCACAGCACGAUAAACCGUCCCCCUGUGAAGUUGAACCUCCUCACCUGCCAGGUGCGGCCCCAUGCCGAGGAGAAAAAAUGCUUUGACCUGGUGACACACAACAGGACAUAUCACUUUCAAGCAGAGGAUGAGCAAGAGUGUGUUGUGUGGGUCUCAGUGCUGCAGAACAGCAAGGAUGAAGCCCUGAGCAAUGCCUUCAAGGGGGAUGGGGGCAGUGGCGGGGUGGCAGCAGGCACCGGGGUGGACGGCGGCAUGCAGGAGCUCACCAGGCUGGUUAUCAGUGAGGUGAAGAACAUGCCAGGAAACAAGCAGUGUUGUGACUGUGGUGCCCCAGAUCCCACGUGGCUCUCUACCAACCUGGGCAUCCUGACGUGCAUCGAGUGCUCUGGCAUCCAUCGGGAGCUCGGUGUGCAUUAUUCCCGCAUCCAGUCCCUCACUCUCGAUGUUCUCAGCACCUCUGAGCUGCUGCUGGCUGUUAGCAUUGGGAACACUCGUUUCAAUGAGAUCAUGGAGGCCGCACUACCCACACAGGACUGUCCCAAGCCUUCAGCCAGCAGUGAUAUGGCUGCGCGCAAGGAAUACAUCAUGGCCAAGUACAUGGAGCGACGCUACGUGCAGAAAAGCAGCCAGGACAACCCCCACGGCCUCUGGGAAGCCAUUCAAGCCCGUGACCUCCUGGCCCUGCUCAAGGCCUUUGCCGAGGGGCAUGACCUGACCAAGCCCCUGGCCAGCCCUGAGGGUCAGGAUGCAGGCGAGCUGCCGCUGCACAUGGCCGUACGCCAUGCUGACAGAUCAUCCCUUCCCUUGGUGGACUUCAUCGUCCAGAAUGGGGGAACACUGGACCGGGUGACACAGAAUGGGAACACAGCCUUGCACUAUGGUGCACUCUACAACCAGCCCAACUGCCUCAAGCUGCUCCUGAAAGGAAAAGCCACCUUCACCACAGUGAACGCGGCAGGCGAGACAGCUCUGGAUGUGGCGAGGAGGCUGAAGUACAGCGAGUGUGAGGAGCUGCUGGAGCAGGCGCAGGCGGGGAAGCUAUCUCUGCAGAUCCAUGUGGACUAUGACUGGGAGCCCCUAUCAGAGUUGCCGUAUGACAGUGAGGAUGAGCUGGAGGAGAAGGUGAGCCCCCUCCAGCGCUCCUUCAAGGGCACAUCACCACUGGCUGCCAGCCCGCUGCCUGCCUGCCCCCAGACCCGCUGGAGCUGCAUGGGGAUGGACAUCACCAACAAGACCUACGAGAGCAUCCUGGUGCCCUCGCGCACUGCACCCCGCCGGGCUCACAGCGAGGAGAUCCCCCCGCCACUGCCCCUCAAAAACCCUACGCGGGGCAGCUCUCGCCCCAAACCCAGCCACAGCCCCACCGAGCGCCCUGAACUGCCCCGGCAGGCAUCGGAGCCCCACUUCUCUGGGCCAGCGGAGGCAGCAGCACCACACAGCCUGCCCUGUGCCAGCAGCACGGGUGCCCUGGAUGGCACUCCCAGCACCCGCAGCCCCACCGAGAGCCAGUGGGCAGCCUACUGGGAAACCCGCUCCGAGACGGACACGAGCAGCAGUCGGCGGGGGCCAGAGCUGAGUCCCCCACCCACACAGCCCUUGCCAGGCAGCACAGUCCCUGACAUCCCCCCUGUCAAGUUUGGCUCAGAGAGCACCCGCUCGUACCGGCGCAUUGGUGGCAUGGUGGGCAAAAUGGGGUCAGCUGGGUCCCCCCAGAGCCCUGGUGGCCCUGAGGACCCUGCUGUCAGCAAGCUGCCCCCUGUGCCCAUGCCCAGAAGAUUUGCUCCGGCCAAGGGGAGGCAGAAGCGAGUAAAGGCAGUGGCUGACUGCAAGGGAGACAAGGCACGAGAGCUGACCUUCUCCAAGGGGGAGGUCAUCGUGGUGACACGGGAGGAGGACGAGCAGAUCUGGGUUGGCUUCAUCGAGGGUGAUGGCUCCCGUACUGGAGUCUUCCCUGCCAGCUUCGUCCACCUCUUGCAAGACUGACCGUGUGGGGGUGGCCCAUUUGUCACUGUCCCAUUGACUGGGAGUAGAGCCAGCUCCCUGCUAGGGGCUUGGUAGAGCCAGGCCAAAGGGACAUGUGCCCAGGAUCCUGGCAUGAGACCACUGCCCUCCAAGGGGGCCCUGAGAUCCCCUGCAUUGGGAAAACCGUCCAUGGAUGGUAGCAGUGGGGGGCUGAGGAGCAGAGAAUGGACAUGCUUGCUGCACUCGUGGGCUGAAGUUUCUGUGCCAGCCCCUGCUCCUGCUGCUCUUCUGUCAUUCCCGUGGUCUCUGCCCAUCACUUGGGUUUUCUUCUUCCUUCUCUGCAAGGAAUUUGGAAUGGGGGAGCUGUAUUUGGUAUCCCCUACCCUCUGCCAGGUAGUCAUGAAGCUUCCUCUUCAUCCUGGGGCCAGCCAUGGACCACCAGCCUCCUUCUGUACCCCAACUGUGAAGCCUUUGGGAUGGGCAAGAAAUAGGAGAGGGGUUUUUUUUGUGUCCAUCCCCCACCCCAGGUUCUGGGAGCUCCCUGGACUGUGGAGUUCAGGGAUGCUGCAAAGCUUCUCCAAAACUGGUAGCAAAAUGCCAUUCCUUGAUUUGGAGGGCAGGGGAUGUUUCAGGUGCUACCACAGAGCCCCUGCCCCAUGUCCCUCAUAUGGGGUGGGUGCUGGAUCACUGCCCCUUCCCUGGGGUGGGGGGGGGGUCUCAGAGGGGGUUUUGCAACUUUUUCUAGGACCAGCAUACCCCUGUAGCAGUAUCCCCUGGGAGCCACCUGCCUGCAUACCCCCUCACUUUACCCUUCUCAUUUCUGUGUCAGAUGCUUCAUCUCAAAAAAGUCUUUUUUAAAAUCUUUUCUGUCUGAUUUCUAAUAAACCAUCAUUUUUUAAGCA